AUGUCAAAAACUGAGGUUACGUUGAUAGGUUACGCUGUUGAUGUGCUUCGAGAGUAUAGCUGUAUGUAUAAAUUCAGCUAUAACAUAAUCGGUAAUAGAAUCCUUCUGCAGGAUAAGGACAUAGGUACUUAUUUGAGUUAUAAGAAACUAUUAACUUCAAUAAAAAAUGUUUAUUCAAGUAACACAAGCAGCAUAGAGAGUCUGUUGAGCGCUGAUAAUGACGACAUCAGUACUCUAAAUGAUGAUGUUGGUAAGACGUAUAGUAACAAUCAUUCGUUGCUGACGUCUUUGUUUAUGAAAAAGAUGCUGCCAGUUACAUUUGAUACGUUUGUGCUAGAUCAUUUGAUUGAGAUGUGUACUGUUGAAAAUCAUCCAUAUUUUGAGGGACAAUUCAGUAGUAUCAGAAAGCCAAGGCUAAUUGAAAAAAUAUGCCAACGAUUCAGAGAUAAAUUAUAUAGUUUAAGAAGCACGUAUCACUACGAUGAAGCGACGACGCUGUCAGCAAAUACUUCUAGCACGGUAUUUUCAACAAGAUACAGAAGAAGAGAGGAAACUCCGAUGACUACUUUUGGUUCAACAAAUGUAUUCAAUCUUUUUGAUGAUGCACACGGCUGUCGUGGUGAUCAGUAG